GCAGCACCCCUCUCUAAGACAGAGCUUCCCUCGGCACAAACUCCUGCCCCGAUCACCCUUUUCUCUUGCUUGUCAUCUAUACACUUCCCCAGAAAGCGUGAUAUGGCCAGCAAAAUGGCGUCUUGCCUCUUCUGCAAGAUCAUCAAGGGCGACAUCCCUUCGUUCAAGCUCUACGAGAGCGACAAGGUCUUUGCAUUCCUCGACAUCAACCCUCUGACCGAGGGCCAUGCGCUCGUGAUUCCAAAAUUCCACGGCGUGAAGCUGCACGACAUCCCCGACGACAGCCUGACCGAAAUCCUGCCCGUCGCCAAGAAGCUCGCCCAGGCUGCUGGCGCAACGGAGUACAACGUACUGCAGAACAACGGUGCCAUCGCUCACCAAGUUGUUGAACAUGUCCAUUUCCACAUGAUUCCGAAGCCAAACGACGCGGAGGGCCUUAUUCUUGGUCCGGGUGCUUGGCCGGCCCAGGCUACGGACAUGGACAAACUUAAGGCGACUUUUGAGGAGAUGAAGGCCAAGAUGUGAACAUGUGAAUAAAGAGAGCAAACGAAAGCGACAUGAUGCAGGGGUCAGGCUGGGUAUCAACGCCCGGUGCAGUCGAAUCAAGCCUUGGUGGAACUCUAUUAUGAGAUGAAGCCCCGCGCCUCGCAUUCGCGCAUUGUGAACGAUCGACUCUGAGUAGGGUGUUCAUAAGGUUAAUACCUACUAACAAAAAGGAAUAGCGCCAUCUCGGCCUGUAUCAAGGUAUAUCUUUGUUCAUAUAUACCUAAGAAAAGUCCAACGCCCCUGGAAAGCCCGAAAUCAGAGAAAUAUGUCGAGAUGCGAGCUAUCUUGGGACGUGCCAGAAUGCAACAAUCCCGAUAACACGCGUGGUAUGGUACUUCCACAUACUGCUUGUAAACUGUUCAGCGAAAACGAACAUGACCGGAAAAGAAGGUAUGCGCUUACUAGCGCCAAAAAAAUAAAUAAAAGAACCAAGAAUUAAGAAAGAAAAAUGUCCACAAAGCGACCCCUAUC